AUGACUGAUGAAUUCAAUCGAUAUUAUAUCAAAAUUCGAGCUAUUUUGGGAAUAGAUUCAAAAACAAUCUUUGACGAACUUACAGAGGCAUUGGGACCUGAUGCUUCAUCAUAUCCAACAGUCAGAAGAUGGGCGAAACGUUUUCGUGAAGGAAGAGACGAUGUCACUGAUGAUCCUCGAUCUGGUCGUCCGAUUUCGGUACUUACAGAUGAAAAUGUUGAACGCGUUCGACAAGUUAUCGAAGAUGAUCCACACUCAACUUAUGAUGAUAUUAUGGGUGAGACUGAUCUAUCACGUGGUACAAUAGAACGAAUUAUUCAUGAUCGUCUAAAGAUGAGAAAAGUUACAUCACGUUGGGUUGCUCAUCAACUUACUGACGAACAAAAACAAAAACGACUUAGAAUUUGUCGUCAAAAUUUAGAGAAAUUUAGAAAUGGAACAUGGCAUUUAUGUGAUGUUAUUACUGGUGAUGAGACAUGGAUUUAUCACAGGCAGAUUGGUCGAAAGUCAAGCAAUGCUACUUGGGUUGGCGAAAAUGAACUACCAAGAACCAUUGUUCGUCGGAAUAGAUUUGAACCUAGAACACUAUUUUGCUUCUUCUUCAAAUCCACUGGUUCUCUUCUCAUACACAAAGUAGAUAAGGGCAAGACAAUCGAUCAUGACUACUAUAUUCAUAAUUGUCUUAUACCUGUUAUCAAUGAAAUAAGAAAAAAGGAAAAGUCAUUACGUACUACAUAUAAAAUGCUUCAUGAUAAUGGUCCUCCUCAUACUCAUCCAGAUGUUAUUGAUUAUUUAAUGGAGGAAGGAAUCGAAAUCAUUCCACAUCCACCAUAUUCACCAGAUCUCGCACCGUCUAAAACUGUAGGUGCAACAACAAGCAUAAGAAUACAUAAAGGUCAACAAAUUCUAUUUCUUGAACAUAUUGGUCAAAUUUUGGUUCCAUUACAAGAAAAUUAUCAGUUGCAAAAUAAUAUAAAUAAACAAAUUUAUGAUGGCGGUCAAUGGAUUACACCAACCAUGCAUAAUUCAACACAAUAUAUGAAUUUAAAAACAGUAGCAUCAAUUCAUAAAAAUUCUUCAACAACAUCAAGAUCAACCUCUGAUAAAAAUUAUUCAAUUCCAAUGGAUCAAUUAAAAAGAACAGUUAGUAACAAGCUUCCAUGUUUCAUGGUUGAAUUUGAUAAAACUAUUUCUGCUCGUGAUCUCCUAUCAGCAAUCAUAGGUUGUGAUCUUAUUCAAGAACAUUUUA